AUGGGAGGCAACCAGUCAUGGGUCACAGAGUUCAUCCUGGUGGGAUUCAAGCUCAGUGCAGACAUGGAGGUGCUCCUCUUCUGGAUCUUCUCCCUGUUCUAUAUCUCCAGCCUCUUGGCAAAUGGCAUGAUCUUGGGACUGAUCAGUCUGGACCUUAGACUGCAUACUCCCAUGUACUUGUUUCUCUCACAUCUGGCCAUCAUUGACAUUUCCUACACUUCCAACAAUGUCCCCAAAAUGUUGGCAAAUCUUGUGAACCAGAAAAGAACCAUCUUGUUUGUUCCAUGCAUAAUGCAGACAUUCUUGUAUUUGGGUUUUGCUGCUACUGAGUGCAUGAUCUUGGUGGUGAUGUCCUAUGACAGGUUUGUGGCCGUCUGCCACCCUCUCCAGUACACUGUCAUCAUGAGCUGGAGAGUGUGCACAGUACUCUCUGUCACUUCCUGGGCAUGUGGAUUCAUCCUGGCCCUGGUAAAUGUAAUUCUCCUUCUAAGGUUGCCCUUCUGUGGACCCCAAAAUGUAAACCACCUUUUCUGUGAAAUUCUGUCUGUCCUCAAGCUGGCCUGUGCUGACACCUGGAUGAACCAAGUGGUCCUGUUUGCAUCCUCUGUGUUUUUCUUAGUCGUACCCCUUUGCUUAAUGCUUGUCUCUUACAUGCAGAUCAUCUGG